UUUCGAUCUAAUCGAAUCCUGAAUUAUUUCUAUUGAUUAUACGUCGAGAAUUCGAAUAAUUGUAAGGGAAGUAAAUUUGGAUAUAGUACCAUUGCACACAGGAAUGUUUUGUAGCCAUGAGUUACAAAAAACUUUAAUCACGCAAUAUAAGGUUUCUGUAGCAGUGAGACCCUUAAGACGAUAUUACCCACUAGCAACAGAUAGUCUUGUCGUGCUUCACUUCGAAUGAGAAAAAUUUUAUGAUACACGAACUGGGCCCAAGACUAAAGGAGCAUCGGUAUUUUUAUGGACUAAAGGUACAAGACGGCUUCUUUCAAUUUGUGAUUAGUCUCCAUAUCUUUCUUGUCCAAACCACAGAAAGUAAGAAAAAAACGGCCUGAUGUAUCUUGUGACCCUGGCUACAUGAUAAGAUCUCGUAAGUAAUUAAUUAAAGGUUCCAUUGAAACUAACAAACAAAAGAAAGACAGAAAACGCGACAGAAGUUAGAAAGCAGUCUCGUACUAUCGCAAUCAUAGCCGGCCGUAUCUCUAUUUUUCCCUUUGCGAAGAUUUCCAACUAGAAAACCGUCACGCAGAAAAAAAUAUAAGCACACCUCAGUAUGCUUGAAGUCUGAAGGAACAUUCAAGACAAAUUGUAUAUUUUCCGGUUCCAAGUUCGAGCCCUUACCAUGUGCAUUUUUUGUAUUCAUGACAGUUUUAUCUUCGAUACCCAUUACAAAAAAGUCUAUUGUUAAUCACACUGACUGAAAUUCUAUCUCUAGCAAUCAUCGUGAAAUAUUCUAACCGUGAGAACAAUAAAACUUUCUGUUAAAAUUAAAAUGAUCAUAUGAUGACUGCUUUUAAAAUCAAAAUUUCUUAUUCUGAAUAGAUACUUUGGUUAGUUACAAACCUUAUACAGUAUCUACUAGAGUGGAAACAGUGCAAUAUGAACCCCGAACCCAAAUUAUUUUGCACAUAAGGUCUACAUGGAAAUCAUCAUGAAUUGAGACGAAUAUUGUCCCAUUCUACUUCAAGGGUAAAAAACAACAAACUAGCCCUUCUGGGUUUAGAAUGACUCUUUUGUACCUACCACAUUUAUCUAAUUUAGUUACAACUAGUAACAUCCUACAAACAAAAGUUGCUAAUACUUAUGCAUAGUUUAAAGACAACUUCCAAUCUAUUUAUCAAUAUAUUUAGGCCAGGUGCUCUCUCAAACAAAGCAAGAAAACAAAGUCAGAUUAUCAACAAUAUUUUCUUGCGAUCGCCUUUUCUUGUUUUUGCACCGAGCACAACCCGAGGGAUAAUUCACUCCUGCAAAUAGCGCACGAAAUUCUCCCUAAAACAAAAGGAUUUCCAGGGGUCUUCAGAUAAAACAAUAGGAUUUUCCCAAAAAGUGUACGAGAUUUUUUUGGAGUGAUUGGCCCCUCGGCACAACCAACACCUGCAUAUGUCUAUGUAUGGGUUAAAUGCACAUGGAGGGAAAAUGGCUUUGUGGUUCAAAUACUUCUAGGAUCAAAUAUUACCAAACUAGUCGGAUAUUUUGCUAUUCGGCAUAAAUGACACUUUUCUAUUACAAAUGGCUUUUUUGUGUGCCUAGCCAAGGCUGUCGUCUGUAGUAGGGGGAACUUUUUCUUUAGGUACAUUAUUUCCAUUUAAGUUCCGUCCCUUUAUCUGCCUUUUGGGAACUUUUUAUCAACAUGUUUUCGUACUUUUGCGAAAAGUGAAUGAUCUUCAUGAACCUUGUACAAUUGACAUUCCAUUAGGCGCGUAAUUUAAUUUCCAUACGUCAAAUAUUAGAUUUGUUGCUAUGGCAGUUUUGAACGUCUCUCACAGACAGGCAGGUAACUUGCAUUUUCUUCUUGUGGAAGGGUACAAUGACCCAAUUGCUGUAGCGAAUCUUAUAGGAUUUUGGCAUAACUUAAAGGGUGUUUUUUGGGUAUCGCCCCCUGCAGCAUCAGAAACUACAUCCCCGAAUAUUGACCUAAUGGAAUUUCAAAUGUAGGAUUGGCUACUUUCACAGCAGCAAACCUCAUCAGCAAUUUCCAGUCCAUUGCCUUCCUUGGUAUACUGCGUAUGCAAGGGUUGUGCUAGGGGUAGUUUUCCGAGAGAGUGGAAAAAAGCAUGGCUUUCAUGAUUUGUCCAAAAGGGCAAAGAAAUCGGUAAAAGUGGGGAUAGGAAGACCCUUUUUUAAAUGUUGCCAACAUUGAAAGGUCUCUUUUUUAAUGAAGACAAGCAAGUUUUGAUUCCUACAUACUUUUGGUUGCAUUCGACAUGAUCGGGCUUGAUUCGCCUUUGUUCGACUUGAUUGGACUUGACUUGCUUCGAAUGAUAAUUUCGGUGCUUGGUUGGUUGCCAGUUGUGAGAGUAUAUCAGCCAUUGAGUUUGAAAUGGGCUUAUUCAACAAAUGUGAAGAAUGAGGCCAUUUGCCUUAUUGUAUGCUGGGAAAAAAGCAACGGGCACGAGAACUCUAGUCUUUAAAUAAGAGGUAAAGGAUAUUAGCCAAUUCAAAAGAGCAAUUUGUCAAAUGAAGACAAAAAAGAUUGUUUGUACCCUGAAAUCUGAUGGAGCCGUGAAUUAAAAACCUUUUUGAUUUCAAUCAACUAGAUAUGAAAAUGAUAAUUUGUUGGCACCGAACGGUUUAUUCAAUAAUGCAUUCCUCUGAAUCAGCUCAGUAUGGCAAAUGCAGAGUUGGAGUGAGGCACCAUCUCGAAUCACUCAAACGAGAACGGGAAUCGAACGGGAACGAAUCACUCAGCAAGCACCUCUCAAGUUCCAUGGGAUCAACUGACCAUGGUUCACCAGGGUACACAUACCCACCGCCAUACGCAAGGAGAGGACAUCGAAGAAACAGAACAACAUUUACGCGACAGCAAUUAGAAGAGCUUGAGAGACUCUUUGAUCAAACGCACUACCCCGAUGUUUUCAUGAGAGAAGAUCUGGCGGCGCGAAUCAACCUAACUGAAGCAAGAGUGCAGGUGUGGUUUCAAAACAGGAGAGCCAAAUGGAGAAAAACAGAACGUGGAAAUCGAAAACAAGGUGAAAAAGAAGAGGAUUCCCCUUCUGAGACGGAAGACACUAAGCCAGUGACAACCCAAGCAGUGAAGAAAAGCCCGCCAACGACGUAUGAAGAUUCCUAUGCUAAAUACUCCUCCCCAGCACCAAGACUCAGUCAUCUACCUUACCCAUACUCACAAUAUCAGAAUGGUCUCUGAAAGAAAGUGGAGAUGAAGAAUUAUGAGGAAGUAGGCAGCCAAAGCAUCCUAAGAAUUUCUGACUGUGUUGAACAGAAAAUAAUUAAAAGGACUUAAUUUCCAAAAAAAACUAGCUUGAAGGAAAGAAAGUAAAAAGCAUAUAAGAAAGGUGUAAAUUCCCACAACUGUUAAAAAUACUUAUUUAGAUGAAAAUAGAAUUACGUUUUCGCCGUUUUUCUUUGGAACACUUGUAGCACAGUUUUAGAUUUGCCAAAUUGCAAGUCUGGAAGCGAUGGAAAGUAAAGUGAGUAGUCAAAGUAGUUUAUCCCUAGCAUCAACGCAUGAGAGAUGCAUCCACUGUUUCUCACGAAUGAAAAGAGAAAGGCUCCAGCUAUUUCUUUUCAACAAAAAAUACCCGCAAAAAGAAAUUCCCCCUGCACCUAGUGCCGUUUCAUCCACCUUGAGAUAAAAAAGCCAAUUCUUUUCCUGUAGUUUAUUAUUUUCUUUUCACAAAGUCUUUCUUUUACUUGUUCGAUAUUUUUUCGUACAGGAAAAAACAAUUAGUAAGACAAACUCUGUCAGAAAACCACCAGAAAGAUUGUGAGGUAGUUUUAAUUGUUUGAGCCCUUUUAAACUUAAGCCCACUGACUAGAAACGUGUUGAUUUAAUUUUAGAUGACGUAAUUGAUGUAUCGUGUUGAUCAAAGAGCGAGUUCUCUAAUCAUUCUCUAGAUUUCCCUUGAUAACUCUCUGAUUAUGGUGCUGCUUUUUGUUCUGUUUAAGCGUGACCAGAUCUAUUCUUUAAUGGUAUGAGGAUAUCCAUCAAUCUUAUACAGAGGCAAAAUUAUUGAAGAAUGUUGGGGAUGCUACAAUCUCCAAAUUAUUGAAUAAGUGGGUCUUGAACGACAUAGUGACAGGAAUAGUUCGGACGCAGCAUGUACUAAAAGCAGAAUUCUUCCUUGGCUGUUGGUCUAGAAAUUUCAGUUUAUUUUGUUAAAAGUGCAACAUGAGGCUAAGCUUCCAAUUUUUUUUAUCCUUUCCUAUCUCAAUUAAAAGAGAAUCGAAUUAAAAAACUUAUCAGGCGUAGCUGGUACAAGGAUUUUUAUCACUAAUUGUUUCCAAGCUAACACUUAAUGGUCACAAAAAUAGUAGACUUGCUACAUCUUAAUUUACCUGUACAAGAUAUCUGUUAUUCUUCUCUCUUUAUCAAAAGGAUCUAAUGAACUGUCAGGCAAAAUAAUAAUAAUAAUAAUGAUAAUAAUAAGACCA